AUGGAGGACUUAGUGCAACUGUACGAUAUAACAGAGUGUGCUACUAGUGAAUUGGAACAAUUGACAGAGGAAUGGCUAGUAAAAUUGCGAGCUAUUUUGUUUGGACCAUCGGCCAUACCGGCAGCAGCCAAAGAAGUUUUGAAAGAAAUUCCCGCGGCGUCACCCCAACAGACAAAGAAGCGUGUAAAGCGCCUCUCUUCACUCAAUGAGGAGGAAUGUGAAGAUAUCGAUCACUUAAGUGACAAAAAUAAGAACAAGGGAGGGAAACUAUCCAAAGGUCAUGUUUCACCACGUAAAAGCAAACGCUCAAAUGCUGAGCUUUUGGCUGUUGCCGAAACAAUGGAGCAGCCUAAUCUGCCGGUAGAAAAUGAAGCACCAAUACCACGAAAGAGGACAACCGAAGUGGAGGCAGCGUCAAAAGCAAAUAGUGAAGCAGCACCAGCCGCUGAGCGUAGAUCAGAAGCGUCCAAUUUAAUGCCACCACCACCAGCUCCUGUCUUAGCUGCCCCGCCCGUUGAAGAAGGUAGGCGCCCCAAACGGGAAGCCAGAAUUAAAUGUGAAAAGAAUCUGAAAGAGCCAACAUUGAAGACUAAAAUGAGGCAGCCAGAAGAAGUUAAAGUCAAGCUUGAACAUGAACAAAGACCCUCGCAAAUGCAUGAGAAAUCUCAAGCAAAACCUAAACAUGCGGUACAACAAGUAGAUAGUUCUCCUGAAGAGUUAGUAGGUAGUGUGAGAUCAACUGACUCCAUAUUGAUUUUACCACCACAGAAACCAGAUUGCAUUGUUAUCAAUGGAAAUUCAGAUGACGAAGGUGCAGCUGCUUCAGAAGCGACAGUAGAUACAACAGAAACUGUAAUUACAAAUGAAGUAGCAAACGAUGAGCCACGCAUGUCAUCCGGAUCAACAGAUGGUGGAACUCGUGCUCUACGUAUUAAAAUCAAACGAGAAAAAGUUAGUCUACCAUCACAAGAAGAUAACGUUGAUGCUGCGUCGGACGACACGUUGUUCAAAGCUCCAAUUUCUGUACCACAGCCAUUACCAGCAGCAUCUAAAUGCGAAACAACCACCCUGGAGGAGUCGUCAAUGGUCAGUAACAGUGUAUUAUCUUCCACGACUUCAUCGACGGCAGGCAAGAAAACGCGCAAGAAGAAGGAAGCUCCACGUCCCAUCAAAGUUGAACGUUUCAGUGAUUUGGAUCGAAAACCAUCGCCGGUAUCGUCACGUACACGCCAAGGAAGUACUGGAAUACGAUUGUCUCAAACUGACAAUGACAACGAACAGGAACAAGAACAGCAAGCGGCCGAAACAACAAAACGCGGCGCAUCUAUUUAUGAAGAUGCUGUCGAAGCACCACCAAUCAACAAUUCCAAAUUGGGUGGUACUGUUAAUGAGACAGUUAAUUUAGGUCCCUCUCCAGCACCUGCGGAUGCCACUAUGAAUUUAGGACCUGUACCAAAUGAUGCUACAUUCUGUACCAAUCCGGCUCAGACAACGUUCCAAGUUACGCCAGGACAAACCACAUUUGUCGUUGAAGGAGGAAACCCCAAUGCUACUGUAACACUGAAUAAAAAUUCGGGUGCGGAUGCAACCUUCGACGUUCGGACGUCAACCAAAGCAGAUAAAAACGACGAUGAUGGUGCUGGUCAAAGGUCAUUUGAGACAGCAAAAGAUUCAUCACUGCCACAUGACGAAAGUCUGCUCACUGAAGAUGAGUCAGUCGAGAAAGAACCUGAACCCGCUCCAGUGCCCGUCGCAAAGGCCAAACCAUCAACAAAAGCAUCAAAGACAUCGGCUUCUGCCAAAUCUGCUGCUUAUAAAAUGCCUACACGUACCAAUGAGUUGUUCAAUCCCUUGGCUCAAAGUCCUGUGAAAAUGCGCGUAGAAGCUUUUGAAAAUGCUGCAGCUGCGGCAUCUGAACAAUCUAAACGGCCACAACGCAUCAAAAAGGAAAAUGUUACACCGAAUGGAGCAACCACUCCAGUUAUUGGAAAAUUGCCAGCUCCUGCUCUUGGUCGAUUCCUUACGCCUACACAGAGCUCUAAUGUUACAACAACUGGCAGUGCCGUAGCGAAAAAAGUCCCAACAAGUGCUUCAAAGGCAUUGCAAAAAUCUACAAGUGGAAUGCUACAACGAAGUGCGUCCACUGCAUCCAAUACGAAGACAUUGCAACGUGAAAACAGCGGUGACGACUUCCGCAAAGGACUACAUAAUUUAGCUGAGGAACGUAAGAAACAACGAGAACAAAAGCACUUGCUGGCUGCCCAGCAACGUGAAGCUAAGGAGCGUGAGCGUGCCGAACGCAUGGCUAAGUUGGCCAAGGAACGAGAGGAGAAACGUUUACAGAAACUGCAAGAACAAGAACAGAAACGACGUGAACUAGAAGAAAUACAGCGUAAAUUGCGCUUGCAGGAGGAGGAAGCAGCCAGAGCUAAGGCUGCCAAGGAGCGUGAGAUGUUAUUGCAAAUGAAGCAGCAACAAAUGAACGCCAAACAGCGAAUGAUGCCACCACCGCCAAAGGCAUCUUCGAAGUACACCUUCGAAAUGCUACACGAAGAUGACUCUACCGACGAUGAGGAUAAAGUUUCAUAUAAACGUCCUCCACCACCCUCAUGGAGUCGAUCUCACAAACGUGAACCUUAUGUUUUGAAACAAGAAUAUACCCCCUCCGGUUACAUUGACAGCUUCUUCUCGGUUCAACCAAUGACACCAGAUCUAAAACAGAUUUUCCCCAACAUAGAUGCCCGCCAUUUGAAACGCAAUUCCAGUGUAUUGUGGUCAACACCACCUCGAUAUUCGGAAUUGCCAAAGUAUUAAAAAUAU